AUGUCGGAUUCCGCUUCUAGUUCUACCGUAAACAUUAAAACGGAAAUUGUUCGUCUCGUUGAGAUUCAAGGAGAGAAGGCUGAAUUACUUUCCUACUUCACUAAGCAUAAAGAUCAGCAAGAUGAUGCGUUGUCAGAUCUUAAUUGUUUUGAUACGGAUGAAAAUAAACUUGCUUAUCUUAGAACUUUCUUGAAGCCUGCUGACACAAGUUCCUUAGACCGAGUUUAUUUUUUCGUAGACAAUUCUAAUGUUACGAUAGAAGGCGUGUACUUCAUACGCAGUCAAAAACUACUUGAUCGCUUUUUGAGUAGUAAUAAUAAAAUAAUCUUCGAUUACGGACUAUUGUUCAAGAAAAUUAGGGGUAACCGUGAAUUAGGUGGUAACCCAGUAAUUGUAUGCUCUGAGAUUUCGCCUAAUGAUUCAAUCCAUAAUCAAGGCUACAAUGUUAAAGUCCUUAAACACAAUUAUAUGGGAAAAGAAAAGGGGUAG